AUGUCCACAACUGAACCCUGGCAGAACAUUGUGGCUCGCAAGCAAGAUGAGCGCAGCUCAAAGAUACCACCUGAAUGGAAGAUACCAGGAGAUCUCUUGCCACCCUCCGAAGUUCUAGAUGUGCAAGACUUCCCUCGUACCUCUGGCUUCUUCACGGAUCGAGAGCUGCUCAUCACGGAAUCCUCGGCUAGCGAUGUCGUCGAUCAGAUAGCCACCAGCACGUGGAGCUCCGAAGAAGUCGUCAGGGCAGUAUGCAAGCGAGCCGCCUGUGCUCAGCAGCUGCUAAACUGCGUGACGGAGAUCUACUUCGACCAGGCCAUUGCGCGGGCCAAAGAACUGGAUUACCACCUGAAGAGAGAAGGCAAGACCAUCGGCCCUCUGCAUGGCCUUCCCAUAAGUUUGAAGGACCAGUUCAACGUUCCGGGUUUGGACUCAACCAUUGGAUACGUGUCGUAUGCCUUCAAGCCGGCGACAGAGCCGUCUACUCUGGCUAAGCUGCUGCUGGAUGCGGGUGCUGUGUUGUACGUCAAAUCGAAUGUGCCUUCGACUCUCAUGAUGGGCGAGUCUGUCAACAACACUUUUGGUCGGACUGUCAACCCACGGAACCGUAACCUCACGACGGGUGGAUCUUCCGGUGGUGAGUCUGCGCUAGUGACUUUCCGUGCGAGUUUCCUGGGUGUUGGUACCGAUAUUGGAGGUAGCAUUCGACAUCCUUGCAGCUACACCGGCCUCUUCGGCCUGCGACCAUCCCACGGAAGGAUCUCGUACCAGCAUGUCGUAAACACAUACGUCGGACAAGAAGCGGUGCGCUCGUGUGCAGGCCCGAUGUGCCGCUCGGCGAAAGACGUGCGCUUGUUCAUGUCGACUAUGGCUUCACAACAACCUUGGAUACAUGACCCACAAUGCAUACCGUUGCCUUGGCGAGCGGAGCAGGAGGUACUUCCAGAGCAGCUCUGCUUCGGGUUUGGCUUGGGAGAUGGCACGGUGACUCCAACACCACCGUUACGGCGUGCGAUGGAGAUCACCAAGGCGAAGCUGCAGGCCGCCGGACAUCGGGUCAUCGACUUCGUGCCGACCGAGAUGGCUGAAGCGUCCAGAAUCAUCUAUCAGAUGUGGUCCGCGGAUGGGUUUGAGGAGUUCAGGCGGGACAGAGAUGCUUCGGGAGAGCCUUUACAUCCUGACCUCGAGCGCUGGAUGGCGAACACCGAGCAUGCGCACAGCAUCUCCAGCACGUGGCAGAAUCAGAACCAAAGGGCACACUUGGCACGCAAGUGGCUGGACAAGUGGCAGGCGACACAGAAGGAGACGGGGACGGGUCGGCCGAUCGAUGGAUUGAUUGUGCCCUCCACCCCGUUUCCAGCUAUCAGACAUGACGGUGGGUAUCCAUGGCAUUAUGGGACACUGUCGCCCUUGCUCGACCUGACAACAGGCGUCUUCCCUGUCACGAAGGUGGAUCUGGAGAAGGACAAGGUAUCUCCGGACUUCCAGCCAAUCUCAGAGAAGGACAAGGAAGUCAUGGAGUACUAUGGCUGUCCCGAGAACCACGAGAACGCCUUGAUUGGACUUGCCAUUGUCGGACGGCGGUUGGAGGAGGAGAAAGUCACACGGAUGCUGCAAGUCAUGAGCGACGUAGUCGGUGUAGACUAUGCCACGUGA